AUGGCAUGUAGGAGCGGCUGUUGCUGCGGCUCCAUCAACGAAGACAACGCGAGGUUCCUGCUCCUCGCGCUCUUCAUCGUCUUGUACCUUUUGUGCGGAGCCGCCGUGUUCUCCGCGCUGGAGCAGCCCAAGGAGCGCGAGGCGAAGGAGCGCUGGGAGCAGAGGUUUGAGCACUUCAGCCAAAAGUACAACCUGAGCAAAAAGGAGCUCAACAACUUUCUGAAGAACUAUGAGGAGGCGAACGUAGCGGGGAUACGCGUGGAUAUGAUCAGACCCCGGUGGGACUUCACAGGAGCUUUUUACUUCGUGGGAACUGUGGUGUCAACGAUCGGUUUUGGGAUGACCACUCCUGCUACCAUCGGUGGUAAAGUCUUUCUCAUGUUCUACGGUCUGUUGGGCUGCGCAUCCACCAUCUUGUUCUUCAACCUCUUCCUGGAGCGCGUCAUCACCGUCAUCGCAGUGGUGCUCAAGUCCUGCCACGAGCGACGCCAUAGCAACAUCGUCCUGCCCCAAAACGGCCGCCGCACCUCAGAGGAGGGCCGGGCACGGGCUAAAGUUGAGGACCUAUCCGGAUGGAAGCCGUCUGUGUACUGCGUUAUGCUAAUACUCGGGGUGGCGGCUAUUCUGGUUUCUUGCUGUGCUUCUCUCAUGUACUCUGCCGCUGAAGGUUGGGGAUACCUGGACUCUUUAUAUUUUUGCUUUGUCGCCUUUAGCACUAUCGGAUUUGGGGACAUGGUUAGCAGUCAAAGAACAGUUUACGAAGGGCUCCCCACUGCUGCUUACAGAGUGUGUAACUUCUUUUUCAUCCUCACCGGAGUUUGCUGCAUCUACUCUCUCUUCAAUGUAAUAUCUAUAGUGAUCAAGCAGGUUCUGAAUUGGUUGCUAAGGAGAUUGGAAGCCCCGUGUCGUUGUUUCCCCAGAAGAGGGCACCCACACAGACACCCGCGGCGAAAUGUGGUCGCUCCCGGCAACCUCAGGACGCGCAGGGACCCCUCCAUUGAGACGGACGCAGUGAACGAGAGCGAGACUGACACUGGUCGGAGGAUGUCAGGCGAAAUGAUCUCAAUGAGGGACUUCCUGGCAGCCAAUAAGGUGAAUCUGGCCAUAAUGCAGAAGCAGUUAUCGGAAAUGGCCAACGGUCACCCACGGCAACCCAGCUCCAGCUCAAGACAGAACGGGUUUUCUGGGGGGGUGGGGGCCCUCGGCAUCAUGAACAAUAGACUCGCAGAGACCAGUGUGGACAGAUAA